GGGGCGCAGUUUGAAGGUCGUAUUGUUUGCUCCGUUUUGUGCAGUCCGUUUUGUAUGUCCGCUUCGCUUUUCCGCUAUGCCUCUUCCUUUUUCCCCUUCAAAUGGGCACAGCAAACCUGUGACUGUGAUCCUAAGCGCAGUUGCAGCCGUAUCCUCAUCGGAAUGGCUCCCACCCCCCGUUGGCAGCGUCCCAUUUGACGGCACCUACCUCCUGCACAAAAGAACCCCCUUCUGAAUGACCACACCACUUUGUUAACAAAAUGGGGAGGCACGCAUGCCCAUCAACGCCAUCACCAUCGCCAUCGCCACCGCAGAUCCAUCCCUGCCGCUUUGCCAAAGGAGCCGCAAAAAACUGCUAACCAGGGAGCGGAGCAUCCGAACGGCUGAACAAAACCUACGCGUGUACACAUCCCCCCGAAUUAGGCAUAAACACAAAAGAAUGAAAAAGAGCCGCCCACCCUUCCUUGUCAUUAAAAGGCUAUACACACGCAGUGGCGGAUUGAGGAAACCGCAAAAAGUGACGAACGAUCCCGAAAGCAUUAAUCGAAAAACGUACUGGUGCUUUGAACACAAACCUAUUAAGAGGACGUUGGUCAAUUUGAUAUACUCUCAUAAUGAAUUGAAAUUAUUCUCCCGUUUUCUUAAUCACCCCAAUGUGGGUACCUCCCUUGUACACGAGCUUUCCUUGGAAGGCCCCUACACGGGGUUCCUGCCUUCGAACGAGGCUCUGAAAUUGAUUAGCCCCGAGAGUUUAGCCAAAUUGUAUGAAGAAGGAGACAAGUUGAUGGAAUUCGUUUUGGGCCACUUCGCGAAGGACUUCUGGCUCUACAGGGACCUGUACGGGUCGUCCUACCAGCCCUGGCUCGUGUUCAACGAGAGGAGGGACGCCCCUGAGAAAAUCACCAACUUAGUUAACAGAGACCUACUUGUAGAGAUAACAGGAGAGUUUAAAAAUUGCGACCACUCGAUUUCCCUGAAUGGAGCGAAGAUCAUCAGACCGAACAUGAAGUGCCACAACGGAGUGGUGCACAUUGUAGACAGGCCGAUAAUACAGAGGUAGUUUUGUGCGUGGGAACUCCCCGCGAUGAUUUUUUUU